AUGACAUUAGAUGACUUUCCAUACCUGAAGUUUGAAGGAAGGAAUGCAAGGAGGAAUAAUAGAACUAACAGGGGUGACCAAGGGCGCCUUAUACGUCAUCUACUGGACACUGGAUAUGACGUCAGAGAAAUGCCCUUUGUUGAAGAUGGUGGACCUGUUCUCUUCAACUUGUCUCUAUUACUUGUCGCUAUAUCAGAUCUUGAUGCUAAAACCCAGAUACUUCAUGGAACAUCAUGGCUCGUGGUGGAUUGGUACGAUGAUAGGCUAAUCUGGGAUCCUGAGUUAUAUGGCGGGAUUGAAGGUGUAGUUGUCAACAUCGAUCAAACAUGGUCACCAAAAUUAUACCUACAAAAUGCGAUACUGGACAAACCAGAGAAUCCUGUAAAGGAUGAAGUCAGUCAAACUUUCAUCACAUACAAUGGAUGGUUGCAUCUCGAAUCACCGUUAAUACAUCAUACAUCAUGUGACCUAAAACUUGAGGAGUUUCCCUUUGAUGAACAGGAAUGCUGGUUGCGAUUCUCUUUACAAAACACACCAAAUUAUCUGGUAAGACUUGAUAUAACCCAUUUUAAUAUUCAGCGACCAAACAUCAGCUCUGAGUGGGAUAUCACGCGUCCUUAUCCUGCUACAAAAACUGAUUACAUCACAAUCGAAAUGAUCGCCAAUGGGAUAAACAUCACUUAUGAGGUGAUGUAUAUCGGUUUCAAACUAAAAAGACUGCCCAGAUUUUACAUCCAGAAUGUGAUGUUACCAGUCACAUUUCUCAGCUGGUUGUCGGCUGUUGUUUUCAUCAUUCCCGCCAAAAGUGGAGAGCGUCUUUCGGCAUCCAUCUCUCUUGUUCUGGGUGUGACCGUGUUUCAGAUCGUUAUUACAGACAACCUGCCAAAAAGCUCUCGUGGUGAUGUUGUGUUGCUGACUGUAUACGUAACGGAAUGUUUUAUCAUGAGUAUCAUGGUCACCACAAUGUCCGCCAUCGUCAUCAAAAUGAGUCACCAGGAAGGCAAGAUCAAGAAUAAGUUCAUCAGGACUAUCUUCUUUGACCGCCUUGGACCAUGGUGCUUUGUGAGUGAUAGUGGGUGUUGCCGGAAGAAGGCAAAGAGUUCGAAUCCCACCGAGAGCUGCACUGGUGGAGUUCUGCCGGCGAUGAAUGGUGUCGCAGGAGAGACUCGGUCAUCUGGUGCUCAAGCUUUGCAUCCUCGUGGUCAAGCUUGGGUCCAAAAAGAGUCAUCGAGUCAACCCGUGAGUCAAGAAUUUGAAGAAUCUCAGGCACCUAAGAUGAUGAAUGAUUUUGAGCUCCUUGCCUGUGUUAUUGACCGUCUAUUCAUGAUUGCUACUCUUGCUUCGCUCACUGCCAUCACUGCUAAAUUCUGGGGGGAAAUGUAAAGUAUCAACAGACAACAGUGUCAUCAAGAUUGAAGAUGAAGAGCGUCACCAGCGACAACAAUAGCUAUAGAAGUGAGGAAUACAUAUCUCUACGGAAAUACGUUGAAAGAGAUCAUGGAUUCGUAAUAGGUCCAUGAAGAGAUCAAAGGCAAAGUUUCCCGAGUGUAUUUUACCAAUAAAAUUGAAAGAAUAAGCAGGACACGACCAGUUGUCUACACUGAAAUGAUUCACAUGCCUGUUUAUAUGUAAAGGUAUCAUGAUCAUUCUAGGCCUAUAAACAUAUUUGUUCUUUGAAUUCACUGGUAGGCCUGCCAUGAUAACUAGGCUCCUAUGUAUGAAGUUAUUAGUUAUUUCACGCUAUAAAGAUUUUUUUAAAAUAACAAAUGCAAGAAUCUUAUGCAUGUAGCAUCAUGUACUCCGAUUAUUAUAUUUGAGUAGACGACCAUGAAAUACAGACAAUGUAUUGUCAACCAGGGAAUGCAGAACUGUUACACCUGUAGUAUGUAUAUGUUACAAUGCUAAACAUUCUAUUUUGUUGUUGUUGUUUGUUUGGUUAUGUUUUUUUAAUUCUGCCGGUCUUCAAAUAUUACACCAGUUAUUUAGUACAGCUAGAAGACGGCUGUCAACUAUACCUUGCUUUAAAUUGAGUUUAUAAGUCUAAUCUUUAUAAAUGUUAUAGACCUAAUGAAACAUUAUUUCACAUUUGUUAAUUGAUUGCUUGAUUGUACUCACACUGUAAAAAGGAAUAUUUAUCCUUUUCUGGUUGAAAUUACUCACUUAGAUUGAGAGGAACAUUACAUCUUUUUAAAACAGAAACAUGUUUUCACAAAUAUUUCGGUAACAAUUACUGAUUCAACCUAUGGAGUAAUUUGAAUCAUUAUAUAAAUAAAUGAGUGAUUGCUGAAAUGUAAAACUGCCUAGGGUAUGUGAUGAAUACUUUCUUAUUCAUAGAACGACAUUCUCCAACACCAUGCAGUUAACUGAUUUGUAUUGUUACUACCUUGUUUUGGUUAAAACUGAUGAUUCCUAUAAUCACCGGUAAUAAACGUUAUUACAUGCAAUAUUAUAGGCCUAAUAAAUAGUGUCUAUGUAUCCAUGUC